AGAGUCUCCUGUAAUGGCCGCAAAACAUCAAUCAAAAUAUGAGUGGAAAUUUUGAACAUUAUUUUAGCUAUUGUUCUCCUAAAUAUGCUAUAUUGAUAAGACAGAAGAAUGUCAAAAGGCCAUCCUUACAGGUAUCACCAAAAUCCAUACUACACGCCAAGAUCUAAGUAUUGUUCUCAGGAUGUAAGACAUGACAUUGGCCCUCCCAACAAACGUCAAAGACAUUCUAGCGGAAGUGACUUUACAAUAUUUAGUUAUGAAGAUUGUCAUCAAGAUGUCGGUUUAGGAAACUUUAAUGAUUUCAGUGCUAUAAGGAGAGAUGCCAUUUUACCAAGGGAUCAUCGACGAGAUACAAAACUUUCAAGAUCAAAUCUCCCAAUUGAAACAUGUCAUACGACAACAUCAUGUGAAAAAUCUUCAACAAAAGUUUCAUCUCAUUCAGUAAAUGUUUCUGUAUCAGGUCAUACUCAAAGUAAAUCAGUUACAAAUUUAUCAUCCAACUCCUCCGUCCCUCAGUCUCAGUCCUAUGAGAAACAUCAACAUCAACAACCCAUAUUCAAAAACUAUCAAAGUGCAGAACAUAAAAUGACUGUCAAUUUUAACAUGAGUGGAUCUAGUCAAACUGAUGUGUUGCAAGCUAACUCUGUCGAUUUGAUCUCCAAAAAUGGUGCAAAAAUAAUUAAGUCUGAAAAUGUUUACAAACCUCAAAUUGAAGCCAUUUCACCAAGUAAUUCAGAAAAUGAGCGAGAAAAGCCAUUGCAAGAAGACAAUGAAAAAAGAUCAAAUGAACUUCUGAAACAAAUGGAAAAAGUUGAUAAAGAUAUAUCAGAAGUUACACAGAAAAUUACUGACUUGAAAGAUAAACAGAAAUUAUUAAAGGAUGAUAUAUCCCAGGAGCCAUUGCUAGAUGACGUAUCCCAAGAGCCAUUGCUAGAUGACAUAUCCCAGGAGCCAUUGCUAGAUAAUAUAUCCCAGGAGCCAUUGCUAGAUAAUAUAUCCCAGGAAUCUUUGUUAAAAGAAGUGGAAGAUGGUCCUGAAAAGAAAAUUAAAGUAACAGAAAAUGAAAAUUCUAGAAAAAAUGAAGUGGAAGUUCAAGCAGGAUUGGAUGCUAAGGAAAUUUCAUUGAUUGAGAGGAUCUAUCAAGAAAACAAGAAAAAAGCAGCGAUAGCUCAUGAACAGUUUGCUAAAAUUGGAAUUCCCUUUCCUAAUGCUCUGCCACUGUAUAAUCAGCCUUCAGAUUUACCUUUUUACGAGGAGAAUCGAAAAAAAGCAAGAUCUAUCCAAUUAAAACUUGUUAAAUAUUUUCAAAGGAAACGUAAGGAUCGACAGAUUAAGCAAAGAGCACUUCUACAGCAGUACAGACUUCUUCAAAAAAAAUGGCUUGAAAAAGUGGAAAAGAUGGAAAACAACCAAAAACGAAAAAAUAAAGAAGCCCGCGUUAGGGAGUUUUACGAGAAAAUUUUCCCUGAAAUAAAGAGACAUCGUGAACAGACAGAAAGAUUUUCAAGAAUUGGAUCUCGAGCUAAUUGGGGCAUGUCUGCACGUAGUGAUGCAGAAUAUGAGGAGAUUUUGCGAAAUUUGGAAGAAAAAGAGAAACAUGAGAAACAUAUGAGACAAUUGGCUGUACAACCUCCACCAUUGUUAGACGAACACCAAAGAAAAAUUAAAUACAUUAACAGAAAUGGUCUCAUUCGUGAUAUGAAAACUUACGUUGAACAACGUAAAAUGUUGAACAUAUGGACUGAAAAAGAAACAGAAAUAUUCAAGGAAAAAUAUGUUGAAGCUCCUAAAGAUUUUGAGUUCAUAUCAUCGUUUCUUCCUAAUAAGAACGUGAAAGAUUGUAUAUUGCAUUAUUAUCGGACGAAGAGGAAGGGAAAUUUUAAAAAACUUGUGAAGAAACAACCGAUGAAAAGAAAGCGACUUCAGAGCUCGGCUGCUGUCAAAGAUGAAACAGCUAAAUCAAAGAUCUUAAAACCACGCCCCGAAGGAGACACAUCAGACCCCGAAAUUGAAGAAAACGAAGGUUUUGAAGUUGAUUCGGACGGAACAGAAGAUGGAUCUUCUCGAAUACCUGUGUCUUCUAGUACCAUAGAUGUUCCUCGUGUUAACAUUGCAAUCCAAACAGGAGAAUGUGGAGGCUCCGAAACCCCGCGUUGGUCCAAGAACGAACGUGAAAUUGCUAUUGAUGGUCUUCGUCUUCAUGGUCGCAACUGGUUGGCAAUAUCACAGAUGGUAAAAACAAAGACAGAAGCUCAGUGUAAAAAUUUUUAUUUCAACUAUAAAAGAAAGCUAGACUUAGAAAACAUUAUUGCUGAACAUAAUGCAGCUAAGAUCGUUCAGCGACAAGAAUCAGAAGAAACCAUGUCUGCAUCAGAACCGUCUGAUGACGAUUGCGAAAUUACCGUAGACAGUUCUAAUGUCGCACGGAUCAAGCAAAAUUUGAGAGAAGGUCCAUCUGAUACCACUGAGCGUCGCAUGGAUUUCAAUCCUUCGGAAAGAACUCUUCGCAGUCAGCGUAGCAGCAAUAACAACAAACCAUUUGAUGUCAAGUCUUCGCUACAAGAUACGAUAAAAUUACAUGAAGCUCAUGGCACUUCAACAUUGAGUACUGCAGACUCGGAUGAUGCAGGUAUCAUCGUAGUAGAUGUUUUGGAAAAUCCUGAAUGUAAAGAAAAAGCCGUGGAUUGUAUUGGAUCUAAUAAUAUUAGCAAAAUUUCCACAGUUCAACAAUCGACAUCAAUGAUCACUGAAACAGGAUAUCCAUCUUUGGCCGUUAAAGUGAAAGACAGAAAACAACCAUUUGAAGAACGUCAUAUGUCUCUUGACUCACCUAGCACAUUUACCAAUGUCCUUACAUCUACUGCUACUACUUUAAUGUAUCCUAGUAUACCUUAUAGACCCCUCACAUUAGAUACACCUAUAUCUGGGGGACAUUCAAAACUUCUGCUAAACCUGGCUCGAAAUGUAACGACGACUAUUGAUGAUGACGAUGAUUGUCAGAUUGUGUCGGAAGAGCGUAAUGAAAACAGUGAAAAGGAUAAACCGACAAAGAUUCGUUUUCCUGAUCCUCAAUUGCCAAAGUUUGAACAAAGUGAAGCUAUUGGAAUAUUUAGUCGUUUUUCACCGUGUAUACCUCCAGAUACAACCAGUAGACAACAGGUGCGAUCGCAACGACUACCACAUCCUCCAUUUCAUCCUCAUGGUAUCCCUGUACAUUCUUUUCUGCCCCACAUUGCUCCACCCCGCCAUCAUUAUCUCCAUCCUGAAAUGUAUGCAGUACCCAUUCCCCAUGGCCCAAAUUUUGAUCCCAUGUUUCAUCCAGUGUUUCGUGAACAUUUCUUUUCGGGGAUGGAUCCAAAUAUUUUUUCACUUCCACUGCGACAUGAAGUGACGCGUUCUAACCCUGGGGGGAUAAUUUUGUCACCCUUGGAACAUCGAAGAAUUUUGUCUAAGCCACCUCCACCAUAUAUGUUGCCCAUUGAACAUUUGGCAAAAGUAAGAGAAAGUGGAAACGAUGUAAUUUCUUCAAGUGCAUCGUCAUCAAGAUCGCGUUCUGUUGAAACAUCUACAUCUAAACCAAGAGUAAUGACACCAGAUCACAUACACAUGGAAAGUUCCAAAGUUGCUCCUCAAAAACGUUCGUCAUCUUUAACUGAUGUUCGUUCAAUGGUUGCUUUAUCGGCGCAAGAUGAAUCAAAUUCAAAUCAAAUAACAUCAUUUGGACCGCUGACAGCGUUAGUGAAUGCAGCAGCUAAAGCAAAACCCAUAAACCACACACCAAGUGGUCGGGAUUUAUUUCAAUGUAAAAACGACAUUACAACAUAUGAAGCAACGCCUGCUUUGGUGAAAGAUAAAGAGACGACAAAUUCUUAUUCCCAUUUCACUAGGCAAUCAUGUGUGGUAACCAAUACGACUGUACUUCAUGUAAGCUCGUCUGCUACGAAUUCAAAUUCUCGUGUUCAUGGAAUAUCUUCAGGUCGCGCUUUACCUCAACCUCCACCUUUGCUCUCUAUCACGGGCACACCAUCUUUUAAGGAUACAUCUACAGCAAAAUAUUUAGAAACCACGGAACAACAGAGAUCUAAUAAGUUGAUGGCGAGUGUGGAAAUGGAAAUUUCUGAGCAAAAAAGUGUCUCUGAAGAAAGAGUUGCACAUCGACAAAUAUCCACUGUUAGAAUUCCUUCUGUCUCUCAAACUCUAACGCCAUCUAUAUCCCACUGUAGUAUAGAUUCAUCUAAACCGCCCCGUUAUGUACGAGAUACCCCAUUUCCCAACUUCACAUUUACUCCCUUUACGACAUCUACAGAAAAAUCUACAAUCCAAAAAAGUAUUUUAACCUGUGGAUGUAGAACUACAGAACCAUGCAGACAUCAAUUAUAUUCUCAAGAGGUACCGUAUGUUGAAGGUGGACGAAAACACGAAGAAACUAUUUCUGGUUUAGAGUUUGAACAACCGCAUACUACAAAGACUUUAUUUCGUCCUUGGGCGGAAGACAAUGCAAAAGUUCAUUCUUUGUUACCUUCUUCAUUAAAGACUAUAUGUCCACCAUUACUGUUAAAUGAUACUACAGGUGUCCUAGUACCAUCACAGACAAUCUUGAAAAGAUCAUCUAAUUCUUCUUAUUCUCAUCUUCCAGGUGGAGAUAUACGUCAUUCUGGUCAUCAACAGGUUUUUACUAACAAAGCACCACUGCAACAAACCUAUCACAUCGACUUACUACAACCUAGCAAAGAAUGUCAUACGUCUGGUAUUCUUCAACAACCAAUUCAAAGACAACAGUCAGCAGAUAUUGUUUCAUUAAGUCAUGUUCAUGACAGAAUGAGACCCCCUUAUUUCUUGCAUUCUCACCUUUCUUCAUCGUCGUCAUCCAAAUCCACUUCUUCAUCAUUUCCUCAAAUUUUUCAUCGACAUUCGAAAUCCCCUCCCCGUACGAUAGUGUCAGGAGUAGAAACAAGAGCGCUACUGGACCAUACCGUUAAAGAGGAUCCUCGUUGCUUUCCCUACCAUGACGAAGCUACUAAACUUCACAUGACAACAACUCUUCCUGAUCCCGUUCAUCGCUUUCCUGCGAACAUGGGAAGAUUUAAUCCACGAGCAUUUCUUGAAGAUAAAAGUCUUCACUCAAGUACCUUCGGGCCUUGUCGGAAUAAUUCUGAGCAAUCACAAAGUUCAGAUUUAAAAAAAAUAGCUGCCAUUACAAAUGAAGCUCGAACAACAAGUAAAGACUCUUGUCCACUGUCAGAAAACAAGUCAGACGAUUAUUUAACAAAAGUUUUGCCAGAAAAGGUUGAAUCACAAAACUCUGGAUUGGUUUCCCCUGUAGACAUAAAAAGAUGUGCAAAUCCUUUGUAUACUUCAACGAAUAUUAAUGAACAUUUUAAGUCAAAUGAGAGUGCUGUGACUGGCCAGCAUAAUGUAGAUUAUACAUAUGUUCGUAAGUCAGGGUUAGAUCAUGUAACUGUCGAAAGUGAAGUUCACAAGAUUCCCUCCGCAAGGUUUACCAAUAUAAAAAUAAAGACCAAUGAUAUUAUUUCUUCAAAACCGCAGCAGCUAUACAAUGAAGUAUCGUUAAAUGUUAAUGCAACCGACAAUUCAUUGCAAAAUUAUGUCAACCAAAGAAGAGAUGAAUUCAAGGACUCUAUUUCUCAUAAUUUACCUGUUGGUAGAUCACCAGUAUCUGAAGGUAAUAUAAGUGAUGAAUUGUCACAGCAAGAUGGAACAUUCUUACCAACAGAUAGUACUUACAUUGAGAAUUCAGAACCGUCUCUUACAAUGGCGCUCAGUGAUAAAUCGUUAAAUUCUUCAUCAGAUGUAGUCGACAGUACUGUAUCUGAUAUUUCCGAUGUGGACCAAUGCACCCGGGAUGGGAAGAAGUUACAAGAAACGCCAACUCACCGUAGAAAGUUGAAUGUGGAAAGUGGUAUUACGGGGAAUAGAGCAUGCAGUUUUAAUGAGAGUUCAAUGAUAGAAGUUCAGGAUGAAACGAUUAGUGGUCAUGAGGGAGAUGACGAUUUGACGACUGAAGAUGAUAACGAUGAUUCAAAAAUUAAAUUGAUUCAUCAGAUUGUUGAAGAAGAAGAAGAAACACAAAGUGACGAAGUGGGCAGCUCUAAUUAUGCUCAGGUGAUGAACUGGUCUAACGAAGAUAGUGAUAAAGAAAUGGUAGUUGUUUCUGCAGAUAAAAAUGAAACGUCUAUAAAUAAAGGAAUAAGGAUGGAUGCUAAAGAUGGUGUUACUACUGCGCAGCUAAAUAACAUCGAGCAUAAUAAUCAGAUUACCGAGAACAUCAUUAAUGAUAAACAUAACACAAAUUGUCCACUUGUGAUCAAGACCUUUGACAGUGUUACUAAAUCGGAAAAUUUUACUGAUGGUAGCAUAAAUAUGAUAGACAGUAGUGAAGAAAGCGUCGAUUUAUUGGGUUCUUCUGUGGUCGAAGAAAUUGAUAAUGCAACUAUUGCUAAGGAAACUAUUAAUAAAGAUAUCACAAGCUCGUCUGAUUCUGGUAAUUUUGAUGAGAAUAUCCAACACGAGAUUAUUGAAAUGACGAAAGUAUGUCAUGAAUCCACUGAUCUUUGUCAUUUUAAAAGUGAAAACUAAAAUGGAAACAUUUCAUGAUGGAGAUGACUGUACAAAUGAAUAUGUGACGAGCAGCAACAGUAGUGGAGUCAAUGAAUUUGAAAAAACAAUUGCUAAGAAAGAUCUCGUAUCUGUAAACUUAUUGUCGAGU